AUGCUCAACGGACAAGCGACGCAAGGCUACCAGUACCCGUCCUGGAACGACGGCAAAUUCUUGCAGAGCGAUGACAUUCGCUGCAACAAGGGCUCUGAGAACCACGCCAAGAACACCAAGGCAGCAAGUGUCAUAGCGGGACAGGAUGUUGUUGGUUUCACCACUAAUAUCCAUACAAAGAUUUAUCACCCAGGGCCGCUUACGAUUCUUAUGUCCAAGGCGCCGGGGGAUGUCAGCGACUAUGAUGGCUCAGGUGACUGGUUCAAGGUGUACCAGCUCGGCUACAAGUCAGACUGGAACGGAUCCGACUCUGGCUGGAACUCAUACGGCAAGAAUAAGUUUACGUUCAAACUGCCUGCUGAAAUUCCUCAGGGGCAGUACCUGAUGCGUAUUGAGCAUAUGGCCACACACCCGCCUUACAAGGCCAAACAGUUCUUUUUGCAGUGCGCCCACCUCGAUGUAAAAAGUGACUACACCGGAUCUGCUCCGGACUCGACUAUCAAGCUCCCAGGUGGUUACACCAUGGACAGCCCAGCUAUUCAGUUCGAUAGCUGGGCUGAUCCUCGUCCUACUUGCAUGACCAUGCCUAGCCCCGACAAGAUGUGGCCUAACGACAACAACUUUAACAAGAUGUUGGACAAUGGUGUGAUCUAA